AAUGGGGAAGAAACAGAAAACAGGAGAUUUGUACGUUUCCUGUACUUCAGCUAUUGUCAUCUACCGCAAGUUGCAAGAGCCGGAUAUGUAGUUGCAGCUUUCAACUGACUUGUAACAUAGUUCAGUACCGUCCAAAUUGCCCGUUAUUUCUUUUGGGCUUUUUUUUUCCUUUUUUCAUUGGUACACGAAAUCGGAACUCGGAAAACGAGUCUUUAUUCGUUUUUGGAACGAAUUUUGUCAAAACAAGUCCUUUUGUAUUUUUUUACUUUCCGUUUUUUUUUUUUUUAGAACGAAUAAACACAGAUGAUUGAUACACGGAUUCAUAAAGUGUGCUAGUUUCCAGUGCGUGCUAACUAAUUACAUUAGGUAAAGUAAAGGCGAUGUGUCCUCAAUCAGAUUGCAGCAUUACAGUGCUUGCAUUUAGGUCUGCGGGGUCCAGUGAAGAGCACUUUUGUCAGAUUAGUCUUGUCAAAUAAUUGGAGUCACAAGGCCGUCGAGAGGCAGCCAGGCUGGUAGGGUGAUUUGUCUCAUCAUGAUCUGAGCUGAUUGUGUUGUGGAAAUAUACGUGUUAUUUAGCAAAUAUGGAGAGCUGGAAAUGUUUGCUGUUGUUGUGCACACUUUGCUCGGUGCCGUCCACUGGAGAGGCAACAAAAAAUGAUGAGGAGAUCGACCUUGUCAGCUUCCUGAGAGGAAUCGACGCCGGACUCUUGGUGAGGGAUGAUCCAUUCAUUCUCAACACAGACUUUGGGAUAAAUUCCCUCGCUUGGGAAAAGCCGGAGGCCCUCUCGGUCACAAAAGAAAGAGAAGACAAACCAGUCAAGAAGGACAACGAUGGGACUCCUGGACCUGUGGUGUUGACCAAAAACGGGCGAAUCAAGGGGCUAACAGCAGAUAAAGCCCAGAUAUUUUAUGGAAUACCAUAUUCAGACCCUCCGGUUGGGGCUUACCGCUGGAAGCCACCCAGACCUGUGAGUCCUUGGAAGGGGGUUUAUGAUGCCACCUUCCCCAGGUUACCGUGCGUGCAGGAGUGCAGAGGACCAAUUGCUGCCGAAUGUCCAAGAAAUGUCAGCGAGGACUGUCUCUAUCUCAACAUCUUCGUCCCCCGGGAUGUGAACUUCAGCUCGCCGCCGAGCAGUCCGCUUCCCGUGAUGGUGUGGAUCCACGGUGGGGAUUUCAUCGCCGGUUCGGCUUCCAAGCCGCUCUACGACGGCCGCUUCAUGAGCAACUUCACCCAAACGAUCGUCGUCGCCCUGGAGUACAGAUUAGGUGAGGAAAUCUCACAGGGAGAAUCAUUAAAAAACUCAUUCAGUAACACAUGACCGGGUGCUAUGUGAAAGUAAUUUUGCAAAUGGCCGGUCCAGGAGAACAUUGCGAUGUUUGGAGGUGACUCCAGCAAGGUGACGAUAUUCGGAGAGAGCGCCGGGGCUCAGUCCGUGAGUCUCCACCUGAUGAUCCAAAGCAGCAAGGCUCUGUUCAAACAGGCCAUUCUGCAGAGCUUGCCUUUCUCCAUUCCUCUCAAGACCAGACGCGACGCCGUGACGAUCGGAAAGGAGUUUGCAAAACUGAGCAAUUGUUCCGUCGGCGACAUCGUCUGCCUGCUGUCGCUCACGCCACAGGCCGUCCUGGAAGCGCAGAUGAAAACAAUUUCCAGGCUGGUGAACCCGUUGAGGUUUAUGGAGGCGUUCGAGACUUGGGGCCCCUUUAUCGACGGCGAGCUCAUCAAGGAGCAGCCGGUCACCGCCUUCCAGAAAGGCCACUGGCACAAAGGGAAACCGGUGCUGCUGGGUACGACGUCAGAGGAAGGCGUGCUUUUUGUGUACGCUUUCUUCAACAAGCCCGUGUCGACGGCGGAGUCGUUCAUGUACGUCACGGCCAUCUUCAAACAACACAGCCUACGGAUACUGCACAACUACCUGCCUCUCUACAGCGACCCUGAUCGGAGAGCCAUGCUGGCUCAGAUCUUGACAGACUACGCCUUCCUGUGCCCAACGCGGAGGUCGUCGCGUGCUGGCACAAAAGCAGGAAGCAGAGUGUGGUUGUACGUAUUUGACCACGUGACAUCGGACACCAGCGUCUGGUCCGGUCUGACCUUCUGCUACCGGCACGUCUGCCAUGGCGCCGAGUUGCCGUUCGUCUUCAACUCGGGCACGGUGGCCAACUUCACCAUGACGCCGGCCGAGAAGCUGCUGUCCAAUCGGAUGCUGUGUUACUGGGGCGCCUUCGCCCACACGGGCGACCCGUCCUCACGGGUCCGUCAGACGACCUUCUGCCGGGAGCAACGUCUGCCCGUGUGGCCUCGCUAUUCUGACACCAGCGGAUGGCUGGUCAUGAACCUGACGGUGCGCUCACAUGCCGAAGUGGGGCCCAGGAGCCAUGUGUGUGAUUUCUGGGACCAUCUGGGUGUCUACUAGGGUUGCGAAAGGUUGGAAAGUUUCAGAGUGAGAAACUUUCGAUGGGAAUAAAUUGGAUAAACCAAAAAUUUACAAAACUGAAGCUUGGCUGAAUAGGGAACAUGAAUAUACCGUAUUUUCCGGA